AUGGAGUUCCUGAUCCUAUCACCGGACUUCCUGUCCAUACUGUUCCACCACAGGCGACCCACCCUGGCCCCAGAUGUCCCCAGCCUGCGCGGGCCGCUUUCAGUCCCCGUGCAGCUGACUCUGCCUCCCGGGAUGGAGAUGGCACUGGGUCCCGGGCGGGAGUACCGAGCUCUGCAGUAGCAUCUGCACUGGGGGGCUGCUGAUCGCCCGGGAUCGGAGCACACGGUUGGCGGCCAACGUUUCCCUGCGGAGAUCCACGUGGUUCACCUCAGCACUGCAUUUGCCAAAGUUGACGAGGCCUUGGGGCGCCCAGGGGGCUUGGCCGUGUUGGCUGCCUUUCUGCAGGAAGGUCCAGAAGAAAACAGCGCCUAUGAGCAGUUGCUGUCACAUUUGGAAGACAUCUCUGAGGAAGACUCAGAGAUUUGGGUGCCAGGACUGGAUGUAUCCGCACUGCUGCCCUCUGACCUCAGCCGCUACUUCCGAUAUGAGGGGUCUCUGACCACACCCCCCUGUGCCCAGGGGGUCAUCUGGACUGUGUUCAACCAGACAGUGAGGCUGAGUGCUAAGCAGCUCCACACCCUCUAUAGCUCCUUGUGGGGAUCUGAGGACUCUCGGCUACAGCUGAACUUUCGAGCCACACAGCCUUUGAAUGGACGAAUGAUUGAAGCCUCCUUCUCUAUUGGAGUGGAGCAGACCACUGAGCCAGUCCACCUGAAUUCCUGCCUUGCUGCUGGUGACAUUCUGGCCCUGGUUUUUGGAAUCCUCUUUACUGUCACCAGCAUUGCCUUUUUUGUGCAAAUGAGAAGGCAGAAAAGACACCCAAGUGGGACCAAUGGGAGUGUUAGCUACCACCCAGCAGAAGUCACCGAGAGUGUUGCCUAGAGGCCUGGAACUUGGAGAAUGUGCAGAAAGAAGCUAGCCAGAGGAAUCUGAGGGGGAGCUGGAGACUUUGUUCCAUCCUGCCCAUUACACCACUUUUUAAUUGCCAAGAUUUUUAAAAGAAAAUAAAUGUUUCUAAUAAAAUAUGUGG